AUGGAUUCUCUGAAGGCAAAAGACUUGACGCAAACAGGUUACACUGUUGAUGGGUUUAUACAUGUUAUCCAGGGGUGGGCGUACUAUGCUAUGCCAGAAUGGGGUGCUAAUUAUGGGUCUCCCGUACCAGACAGAACGUCUCCACUGUUGCUGGCUUACAAGGGUGGCCAAGGACGACGCAGAUGUUUUAAGUCGGCUAUCAACAGACAAAUUAACGUGAACAACUUUGUUCAAAAGGACCUUGAUGAAAUGUUUCCAGAAUGGGACAGAGACGUAGAGGACCCUGCCGCGGAUAACAUAAUUAAAGUCAUGUUUAAUAAUCCUGGAUGGAAGUGGACCAUGGACUGCUGGACAGUCACCGGUACUCACAAGGUUGUGAAGAUGGAAGUGAGUCCAGUGAAGAAUGAAGUGAGUUCAGUGAAGACGGAAGCGACUACAGUGAAGUCAGAGAGUGUUGUGAAGGAAGAAAGUAGCAGACCUCGGAAGAAAGCUCGUAAAGGGUCUUAUGUUUCUGCUGAGGCACCUGCAGCGGGUAGUGAUGGCUUUGGGAUGACGAAAGAGCAGAUUGAAAGGGCCUUCAAGGACAUAUCUGAUGCCAUUAGUGAUGGCUUUGGGACGUGCCUUAAGGAGAUCAAGUUGCUGGGGGAUAGGAUGGGAGCUGUGGAGAAGAUGAUCACCAAAAAAGGGAGUUCAUCUGAUGAUCUUCAACUUACAACCACUUCAAAUCCACCAAAACCUGUGCACGAACCCGGUGUUAGUACCAAAACCUCUCCCAAAAUUGCAGAGAAGAGAGUCACUUGGCAAAGUGUUAGGAAGAGUCAGAACUGA